GCAACAGGGGGGGGGGGGUCUGAGUCUCUGAGUGGGGCACCUGGCUCUGAGUUGACCUUCACCCUGAACCCCGCAGACCCAGCCAAGCUGUCCCACCCUGCCUUCCCUCCCUUUUCUUCUUCUCCUCUUUCUUCUCUUUCUCCUCCCUUCUGGUCUCCACAGGCCCAUCUGGACACCCAGUUCUCCUUCUCCCUCAAUGAGGGGCAGGGGGAGGCGCCGGGGUCCCUGGGUGUGGACCCCCAGCCUCUUAACAUUGGUUCACAGGGGUACUAUAGUGACAUGGGACGGCCCUGCCAUGAUGUGUCUACGCUAACUGACCUUUGUUCAGACCUGCCAGAGCUGGAGAUAGUGAGCCUCUUAUCAGAAGGUCAACCCAACUACACUCUUCGAGCAGACAGUGUGUUUGGAUAUGACAAUGACGAUUGGCUGCACACUCCCCUGGUGCCACCAGAGGUCGUACUGGGACUCACAUAUGAGCAGAUUGAGGAAACCCUCAAAUAUUUCCUGUUGUCAUCAGACAGAGUUGGCCAGGUCACCAAGACAUAUCAUGAUAUUAAGGCAGUCACCCACCUGCUGGAGGAGAAAGAGCGAGAUCUGGAAUUAGCAGCACGGAUUGGGCAGUCCCUUCUGAAGCAAAACCAAGAACUAACAUCACGCAAUGAAAUGCUGGAUGAACAGCUUGAAAUUGCAAAGGAGGAGAUUGCUCAACUGCGCCAUGAGCUCUCGAUGCGAGAUGACCUCCUUCAGUUCUAUGCAAGCACUGAGGAGAUCGAAAACGCUCAGUCACAGUCGCCCAUUAAAAGGAAUGAGUCAUCCAGUUCACUGAGCAACUUCAUCCACUAUGACUUCCUGCAGCAGAAACUGAAAAGUUUAGAGGAGGAGAACCGCAAACUCAGAUUAGAGGCCACUGAACUCUCAACAGAGACGGCAAACUAUGAGGAGCAAGAACAGGAGCUGAUGAUGGUGUGUGUGGACGAGCUCUCGUCCGCCAAUAAGCAGGUGGUUGACUUGUCGGAAGAGCUAGCACGGAAAGUGGAGGAUUGCCUCAGACAGCAGGAGGAGAUCAGCUCGCUGCUCGCUCAGAUCGUUGACCUGCAGGCCCGCUGCAAAGGGCUCACUCAUGAGAACGAGGAGUUGAACCAACAGCUGAGUGCCUCCCGUGAGAGCCAGCAAAAACUGAAAUCCGAGCUCAAGGACUUGCAGGACAAGUACUCGGAGUGUGAGGACAUGCUCCGCGAAGCCCGAGAGGACAUUAAAAAUCUUCGAAACAAGAGCCUGCCGAACAGCACGGUGCAGCGGUAUACUUCACUGGCCUCAGUGCUCCCCAUGGACUCUCUGGCAGCAGAGAUUGAAGGCACUUUCCGCAAAGGCCUGGACACCCCGGCUCCCUCAGAGUACAAGAAUCACCCCUGGCGUGUCUUUGAAACAGUGAAAGUGGUGAACAAGGCUGUAAGGCUGCGGUCUCAAUGCCACUCACCGGGUGUGCCAGGCUCCAGCCCAGUGUCUGCACGUUCCAGUUCUAACAGCACCCCUCGGACCAGCUACUAUGGCUCUGAUAAUGCCAGCCUUACCUUGGAAGAUAAGCCGAGCUCCAGUCAUGCUCAGAAAGAAGACAGCAGUGUUAGUGGGCCAAAACGUCUGGGUCAACCAGGCACACCAGGAGGCCAGGACCUUGAAACUGCCUUGCGCAACCUCUCAGUCCGCCAGCAGAACCAUUCUUCUGAGAGGCCUUUCUUCGAUGUGGAGCGCGAACGUAAACUCCGUGCCUUGGCAGCAGACAGCGAGGAAGGUGAGGGCUCCAGUGGCUUCCUGACACCAAAUGACAGCCUGGCCUCCAGCCCAGCAGCGUCCACAGGCACCAACUACUCCAAUGGUAGCUCACGACACUCCUGUGGCUCCUCUGGAGUAUCCAGGUCCUACCUGCCUGACCGCCUGCAGAUUGUCAAACCUCUGGAAGGCUCAGUGACUCUGCACCAGUGGCAGCAGCUGGCGAAACCAAACCUGGGAGGUAUCCUGCAUCCACGCCCGGGCGUCCUAACAAAAGACUUCAGGGAGCUUGAGGUCGACAUACAGCACGUCUACAGCUUAAACGACCUGGAGGAGGACGAGCCCGACCUGUCACAGCUCUCUGGAGCUCACGGCAUAGUCUCCUCAUCAGGUCCCAACCUCCCUCAGACCCCUCCCACACAUACCAUCACUACCUGCCAAGUCCUUCAACCCUCCCUACUCAUCCCCUCCUUCUCCACUAGCAUUCACUCUUUCGGCCUGCCAUCUUCUCGGGACCGUGAGCACGUGAGCACUUCAACGCACUCCCACCCGGACUUAGGUCAGGGAGGUCGGACCGCUGUCACAAAUGUAAGUGCUUCAUCACUGGGACUCCUGCAGCUGCUGCAAGAGCGCGGCAUCUCAGCCUCUCGUCACCCCCAUCACAACCUGCGCCACACCCACAGCGGAAAAACUUCAUCUUCCACAGUAUCGGACAAAGGAGGCGGCUCCUCCUCACACACACAGGGACGAAGGAACAUUUUUAGCUGGAACUUGGUGGAGAAGCUUCAGAGUCUCGGGUUGCACAGAGUGGCAGCCUGGGGGAUGAUGGGCCCCAGUGGCAAAGAGAGGAAAACAGUCAGUGAUGCAUUCACCACCCCACUCCUCUCUCAUUCACCACAGUGACUUUGCAUAAAGCCAUGUGAUUCCCACCGUGCACUUCAGUGCCCACCACAGCACCCGUGUCUUGAAAACAAAAGCCACAGAAUGUGUUAGAGCCAUACUUUGAGUUAUCGGUAGUGUGCACUGCUGUCUUUUUCUAUGAACUUGUGCACAGUAAAUUGUUCUUUAUGUGCGGGACAUUUUCAUCUCAGGAAAGCACCUGAUCACCGCUCUGACUCCCACACUGCUUCUUUUUACACAAAAAAGAACAUCAUGAAGAAAAAAAAAAAAAAAAACUUUUUAUACUUGUGUGUUUUGCCUGUUAUUUUAAAACCAUCACUGGUUUAAAAAACAAAAAAACACCUCACCUGUCAUUUUAUUAGCUUCCAAAGAAAAUCAUCAGCUAUGUGUAAAUAAUAACUGAAAUGAAAUAAGACUGUGUGCUGUAAAUUAUUCAGAGUUGAAACCACAAACCAAUGCUGUCACUGAAAAUGCACUAAAAUCCAGUCUGGUCUUCCUGCUUAUUAGCUGCUAUGUUGAGAAAAGCAUAUUGUAUAUAAGUUUGUCAAAUAUAAAGAGUCACUGAGAAGACAGCUGCCUGAUGAUUCAAUGACCAAACUGAGUGAUGUUAAUAAUGCUGACAUCUGUAAACUGUCUGUCCUGCAGUUUGUUACCUGCGUUCACAUGCACGUUUCAGUUUCACCUCUAAGGUGUUUAAAGUUAUGGCUUUAUGGACUUUAUUCUGAGCCAAACCUCACCAAAACUAAAUCAGGUUUGCAUGCUGCAUGAAAGACAGUGAAAGCAAUACGUCAAGUGACUGAAAGUCGUGCUUGGAUAAAUCUGCUGUAGAAAUCGAGUCAUCAGGAAUUUUUAAACCACUGGGAUUUAAAUUCAAUUCAAAUCACGCCAGGCGUUUCAGUGUGAUUUCUGUGACUUUAAGGGCAAUAAGUAAUAUUUUAAUAAAUACAAGUAGAAGAGUUGUCAUAAUAAUUUAAAUGGCAUCACUCUCUUUGACAAAUCAACUCUUGCAAAAAGGCAUAGGAUACCAUGGAUUUAAAAGGGAAGAAAUCAUAAACACAGGUUAUGAUGAUUUGUGUUCCUACUUAAAUUAAACUACUGUUUCUCUGCACUGCUCUUUGCCGUAAUUGUACAUGUCAGUCUGUGUAUAAACUCAUCACCACCUGUGAAUAAAAUUUUUCAUUUCUAUCCAGCACA